AUGACGCCGUUCACUCAGCUGCUAAGUCAGACUCCCCGUCCACGCAUCAACGAGCUCUGUGCGCUUUGGGGCCUAUCCGCAUCCGGCAAUCUGAACAACUGUCGGUCUCGCCUGAAGGCGUAUAUGGACGACAACAUGGAUCUCACCGAAGACAACACCUUUGCGGGCCUCUUCACACAACAACAGCGGAACGAAUAUGCAGCGAACCCCUAUCCACCUGCAUGGGAAGGCAUUCAGCAGACUGAUUGCGCUGACUCGCCCCCUACCGCCGAUCAGGACGUUCGAGGCUCGUCCGCGAUGCCCGGCAAUGAUCACGCCAUCCGAGGCUCGCCCCCCCUGUCUGGCGACUACGAUCGCGCUGGCGGACUGGGCCCCGUUGAUUCGGCGGCAGGCCGCAAAGCUGGUACAGCACAGCAUCAACUUCUUCAGUCCCUGCCCGUGGAAGCGCUGGACAGAUUGCUGGAUUCUUUUUUCAAUGGUCGGAUGAAUGACACUGCAGUUCCGCCGACCACUGUAGUGGCACGCCACAAUCCAGUUGCUGUUUCCGGAGUGCGACGUUGGCCUGAUCGCAUCCAGGGAUCGGUUUCCACCGACGCAGGCAUUCAGAUCAUCGAGCCCAUCCUCAACCGGUUCUUGGGGACUGGGAACAUCUGGGUGCAUCAUAUCCCAUUGCACCUACUCACCGAUGCCUUCUGCCGCCAAUACGGCGUUGGGGCAACCACAAAGGAUUUCGACAACAAUCGCACGCUUGAUAAAGCAUCAAACACGGUGCUGACGAUCCCGAAAGACAUCCCCUUUGAGCCCGAACUACGCUUAUCCCUCACCAAAUGGACUCAGGCAUGGAAACGCUUGAUGUACCUCAUCGAGCGUUACAUUCCCCAGGAGCUCAACCUAUGGCAGCAGCACUACUUCAAAAUUAUGCACUAUCACAACCGCGAGCGGGUGUGGCCAAUGCUCCUUGCAUAUGACUCCCGCGUGAGACGCGCAUCCAUCGUCAAGGCUCUGGACCCCUCUGUAUGGCAGACAAACAUCUGGGAAGACGUGAAGAUUGAAUUCGACGCCGAGAGGUUGGAUUUGGACGGAGUCAAGUCUUUCAGCGAUUCGCUUGCCCAAGGACCGUCCUCGUCUCGCUUUCGGGAAGGAAAGUCCUUUUGA